GUGAAAUAUUUGAAUUAUUGAUUGUCUGUUAAUUUGUUUAUCAUCAAGGGUUGAUCUGCACUAGCUAGCUGGAGAGAUGGGCUCUGCACUGAGCUCUACUAUGGGGAAGGUCAUGGAUGACAACAUGAAGAAGCAGCAACAGUUUAUGCUCACCACACAAAAGAUGCAGCUGGGACGUCAGAUUCAGAUGCAGCUGGAUAUGAGACAGCGGAUGAUUGCCCAGCAACUGGCACGCUCACGAGAAGCCAUGGUUUGGUACGCUUCCUUUUAUGGAGUGACUGCUCUGGGCCUCACCGCUGGGUUCCUGCGUACUAAGAGGACUGCCUUGAUUGCGCCACUGGUGCCCAUGACCUUCAUCGUCACCUAUCUAGGGGACAUGGCCUGGGGUAAUAAGAUGGAGAGGAUUAUCGCUGAGGCCGACAAUAUUCUGGAGAAUGAACAAAGUUUGUUGGCGUUGCCUGGGAAACCACUCACUAUUGAACUUAUCGACAAAAAUAGAAAAGCCAGCAAAUAACUGAACACUAGACAACAAAUUAUUUUUAGAAAUUCAGCCUGUGAUUGUUAGUGAAUUGAUGCUUGUUAUAAUGUUGA